ACGUGGCUUAUAUCAUCAAUCAAAAUAAAUAAAAAGUGAAUUCAGAGUUUGAAUGAGUUUACUUUGAUUGUUUAAAAAAUAAAUAAAGUUCAAAGAAACUUAAAUCUCUGAUAGUAUAAUAAAAUCAAUAAUAACCAAACACCCGUUUUAUUGCACAACGUGAUGAACAUUUUAUUCUGAUUUACCCGCCAACUCAGUGAUUCGUUACUCCUGUCACAUGACCAUAACCUAAAUCAGCCAAUCAAAACCCAAUGCUACUGGGCUAGCCGACCACAACCACAAUUUUGAGAAAUGGCUGACGAUAAAGAAGUUGAGAAAACUAUUGCGGAAGACUUGGUUGUAACCAAGUACAAACUAGCUGGACAAAUUGUUAAUCGUGUCCUGGAACAGCUAAUCACGAAAUGUGUGCCUGACGCUUCCGCCAGAGAGAUAUGCGAAUAUGGUGACAAGCUCAUUCUAGACGAGACUUCAAAGGUUUUCAAAAAAGAAAAGGAUUCCAAGAAGGGUAUAGCGUUCUCAACAUGCGUCUCGGUGAACAAUUGUAUAUGUCACUUCUCGCCGAUACCUAGCGAAAACGAUUAUAUCCUCAAGGAGGGAGACCUAGCCAAGAUAGAUCUUGGCGCACACAUAGAUGGGUUCAUUGCGGUGGUCGCCCACACUGUUGUUGUCGGUGGAGGUGAGGCAUCAGGAAGAGCUGCUGAUGUCCUCCUUGCUGCCCAUUAUGCUAGUGAAGCCGCCCUGAGGAUGUUGCGGCCUGGUAAUGAGAACUAUGCAAUAACCGAAGUAGUGCAAAAAAUCACUGCGGAGUUUGGCUGCAAGCCUGUUGAGGGUAUGCUGUCACACCAGCUGAAGCAGUUCCGCAUUGAUGGAGAGAAGAGCAUCAUUCAGAACCCUUCAGAGGCACAGCGUAAGGAACAUGAGAAGGCAACUUUGGAGACUUAUGAAGUUUAUGCAAUGGAUGUAUUAGUUUCUACUGGUGAAGGAGUUGGCCGAGAAAUGGAUACCAGGUGUACAAUAUACAAGAAAACUGACGAGGUUUAUCAACUGAAACUGAAGGCUUCAAGAAUGUUCUACAGUGAGGUACGCAAUAAGCACGGCUCAAUGCCCUUCAACCUUCGAAGCUUCGAUAAGGAGACCAGUGCGAGAUUAGGCGUCGUCGAGUGUGUAAACCACAAACUCAUUGAGCCGUUCCAGGUGCUGUAUGAACGUUCAGGAGAGCUGGUGGCGCAAUUCAAGUUCACAGUUCUGUUGUUACCGAGCGGUACGCACCGUAUCACCGGCUUGCCCUUCGACAAAAGUACGUGCAAGAGUGAACGCAGUAUCAAGGACCCUGAACUUAACGCACUUCUCAACUCGUCUGCAAAAUCCAACAAGAAGAAGAAAAAGAAAACUGGUGCUGAAGAGCCCAUGGAAGUCGAAACUGUUGCCUAGCAACGGGACAAAUUGCCCAGGACAUAAACUAAAUGAAAUCUACAGCUUCCUUCAACAUACCUGUAAUAAUAACAUAUAUCACACAAGCCUUAAUCAAAUAAAGCCUUUUUAUCCAAAAUGCUAAGUGAUAUUAUCCUGUUUUAACUUAGUAAAUCUUUGAACAUUUAGGCUUGUGUUAAAUCAGAUAUUAGAGACCACUUUGAACCUUAUUAUGUACAAGAUACUUUUUUAUGUGGGAUUUGCAAUAGGAAUGCAAAUGUGUGCUUUCAUACUUUAUUAGAUAACCACUUUAUUUUGCUUUCAAUAUGUAUUUCCUCACAGACUUCCAGACAUAAUUUGAAACAUUUGAAUAUUGUAUAUAAGGUGACAUUUCCCACUGACUGAGGUGAUUUUGCACUAUAAAAAAAGCUAAUUCAAUUGGACUAUGACCAUGCAAGACCAUUCCUUAAAAAAUGUUUUUAAGUCUAUGUAAAGUGCACAAAAUUUUUAAUUCCUUUAUUAUAAUAUAAUAUUGAUACAUUAUUGUAUCAGUCAUUACCGACAGCGCGAUGUAACAUUUGUGUAAUAUUGUUGGAGAUUAUAAUUGUUACAAAAAUGAUAUUACAAAGCCACUCCCCAUCUAAAGUUUUACACAUUUCGUUAUGUUCAUGUUUGUCAGCUACAUAAGUUUAUUAACACUACCAAGCUUUACUGUUCUUCAUGUUAAAUAGAUUUGUGUUAAGAGCGCUAUUACAAAAUCGAAUCGCUCAGGUUUAGGUAAAUUAGACGAUAGCCGGCAGCACUUGCGCGCGUGUGCGUCUAGUGAAAUACGCAACGCACACCUGCGGACCGCCACGCGGCACAAACAAACUUGAGACUUUGCCACUUUUAUUUUCGAAAUAGUUUAUUGGUUUUAUAGUUUAUGAAAUAUUAUUUGUACCGAUGAAUUUUAUAACCUAGAAUAGCUCGAUUGAGUUACAAUAAACAAAUAAUCGUUUACAAUUUUUAAAUUAUUUAAUCGACAACCAAACUUUUCACCAUGUUUAUCAAUUAGGUAUAAGUAAUUGAUUUAAAAAAAAACUAAAAUCUAUAAUUCGUCUUCCAUGUAUUGUAUCUUCAUUUUCCUGCAACAAUAAAAACUAGGAAUGUAAAUAGUUUAUUAAAACAAAUAUAUCUGUUGCGAGUGACAAAAAAUACUUACCAUAUUAUUUGUACUGGUAUCCGAUUGAGUCUGAUAAUCUGAAUUAAAUAUGCUUUCAUUAUCCUGCAAGAAUCAAAGAUAUCCAAUAAUAUUAUUAUGCAACUGCGAAACUAACGACGAUGACAUUUACGUACAUAUUUCUAUAUAACCAACAUCAAAAAAGAGAACCCAAUCUAUAACAUUUUCGCAUUAGAAUAUCAUGGGUUAAUACUUGUGUAUAUUACAUUUCAAUCAGAUCAUUAUAACUAAUAAAUAAAAUAAAAACUCACUAGUAUCAAAACGAGUUCGUUGCGCAGGUUGCGCUAUAUUUUUCGAGCUCCGGCGAGUUUGCGCGGCGCAACAGCGAGCUAUACGUCCUCCCUCGAUAAGCGCUUGGCGCUGACUAAAGUUGAACACCGCGCGUCACAAGAUUUAUAUUGAGUUUUGCAUUGCAAACAAAAAUUAUUUUAAAAUAUUGUUUUACUUUUAAAUAGACCAAUUUUUUUUUUCAAGCUUUAUAACAAUACCACCUUAAUUAUUAAAUUUGUUUUAUUUGAAUUUGGAUUAUACUUUCAUAGAUAAAAAAUAUAGUUUUGUACGGAAAAUUGUCAGUAACUCUCAGUUUUAUAGAAUUAUUUUUGGUGUAUUACUGUAUGAAUUGUAAUAAAUUGGUGUAAGCAAGCACAAGUACAAGAUAUAGUUGUAUCUUGAACAUUUUUAUAAAUGGUUAAAUUGCUAUAUCCUCGUAGUACUGAAGCAUCAAAAGAUUCCCAAAAGAAACAUUUUAUGAAACAUCCUUUGCAGAGACAAAGAUUUUACUGAUGUACGUGGACAAAUUAAAAUAUUUAUUGAAAACAGCCCCAAGAUAAAUGAUCAAACUUUCUUAAUCUUAUUUUUGUUUUUUUUUUGUGACUAUAUCCAAAGCAUAAUGACGCAUCAAAACUCGUAUAAAACUCGAAAAUUUGUGAUAGCCCUCUUAAGAAAGAGAUUAGUUAAAUGAUGGUUUUAUAUAAAAAAAUUAAGAUAGACAUUCAUGUUUAGUGAAUGUCGUGUCUGUGUUGUGUCAACUGCAAUAUUUGUUGAAGCUUGGAAAUGUUUACAUGUUUAUGGAGCAGACCCUAUUAUUAGGUAAAGUUGUAAAAUAUGUGACACUGCAAGAAAGGAAUAAAUCAAACUGUGCCACAGUUGUGGGCUGUUUUUGUAAA